CAUAAUCGUAAUACGUGGCACAUGGCAACAUCUGCAAGUACUCCCUGUGACGUAUGUGCCGGACAGUCUAUAUCAAAGCAAGCAGUCAAAUGGUGUCCCGAAUGCGAAGAAGCCUAUUGUUCGGAAUGUAUUAAACACCAUGGUAUUGCCAAGGCAACGAAGGAUCAUUCAGUCAUAGCUGUAGACAAUUAUUUGAAAUUACCGCCUUUUGUACUAGAAACCAAGCAUCACUGUACAAAACAUGGAUCACGUUUCCAAAAUUACUGUCGGAGUCACGAGACUCCUUGUUGCAAACGAUGCAUCGACACAGAUCAUAAGAAAUGUUCCGAUUUGCCAGCUCUUGAUGAUAUCAUUCAUGACGCAAAAUCAUCAGUCGCUUUCGCUGAUAUUGAAGAACGUCUUCAAAGUUUAAAGAAGUUCUUUUCUGAAGUCAUCACAGAAAAAGAAGAAAAUUUAAAUAAACUGAAAGUUAAACGUGAGACAAUAGAGAAACAAAUCCGAAAAAUUCGAAAAGAUAUCAAUCAGCAUCUUGAUAACUUAGAGAAGGAAAUAUUGCACAAAAUAUUCAACCAAGAGAACCACCAUCAAAGAAAUAUCGAGAUAACAUCAAAGCAGAUGAAGAUACAAUCCUCUCGAAUAAACAGCUUACUUGAAAACAUGGAACCAAUAAAGCAGUAUGCUUCGAAUUUGCAGACCUUCUUGAGCACGAAAGAAAUUGACAAGGAACUGUACAAAACUGAGAAGGAGGUUGAAGUCUUAUGCGAAGAUGGCAGUUUGAAAAGAUACGAUAUCUCAUUUAUUAAGGACGACAAACUGGGAAAUUUCAUGGAAGGCUUAAAGUCUUUUGGAAAAAUAUCAAGUACAGGUCAACCGACGGAAAUCGUUUAUGCAAAAUCAAAAGUAAAACAAGCCCAAAUAGUUGCUGUACCAUGCAAACAUGUUUUAAACAUAAAUCUUGUACUUGAAAAAAAGGUUAUGGUUCCAAGACCUGGUGAUGGCAUGGCCGGGUUAGUUACGGGAUGUGUAAUAUUACAAAACAAAAACUUUCUUUUUUCCUUUCGGGGUUUGAACAUUAGUUGUUUAAGUUUGUUAGACGAGCACGGUGGCAAAAUAUUUGUUUUGACACGUGAGCAUAUUGGAUUUCAAUUUUCUGGUAUUGCUGUAAUCAAUGAUACAACAGUAGCGAUAACAUCUGAUAUGCCUUCCAAAUCAAUAGCAAUCUUCAAUACUGAAACCAGGAAGGUAUCAAAAGUGAUAGUAACAAAACAAUUAUGCAGUGGUGGUAUAUCAUGUUUCGAAAAUACUCUAAUAUACAGUUGCGGAGAAGAGGGUUUAGAAAUGAUAUCAUUGGAUACAGGAAAUAUUUGUUCUUUGAAAUCUGGUAGUCAUGCGUCAGAUGAGUAUGUCACUGUAUUCAAGAAUAAAAUUUAUAGUACCGAUAGCUCGAGUGACACGGUAACCUGUUAUGACAUGGAUGGAAAAAUCCAUUGGAAAUGGCAAAAUCAUGACGAAAUUAAGAGUAUGCGUGGAGUUGCAGUCGAUAACAACUCAAAUGUUUAUGUUGCCGGUGUUCAAUCAGGUCGCAUUGCGAUUAUUUCGCCCGAUGGCAAAGUAUUCAAGUCUUUUAAACCGGAAGGUAUAGAAAAGCCAAGAGCAAUUUAUUAUGACAAAAAGACGAAUAAGCUCCUGAUUUCCGAAAACUGUGGAAAUGCAGGUUUAUAUUCUGUCUACUAA